CGAGGGUUUUUACAGAGAGAUACAAGCUCCAGGUCUCCCAGUCUCAUAAUCAAAAGGGAUUGAACAAUGGCUUUCUUAAGUAAAAUCGGGAAUAUGCUUAGGCAGACCUUGACUACGCAGAUCAAUGCUCAGUUGUCUGCUUCAAGGCCAGGCCUUUUUCAAGUGUUUCGGAGCAUGUCAAACUCGCCAAGCUCGAAAGUUUUUGUUGGAGGUAUUUCAUUCCAAACUGAUGACCAAGGUCUGAGAGAAGCUUUCAGCCAAUAUGGUGAAGUUGUUGAAGCAAGAGUAAUUGUGGACCGAGAAACAGGAAGGUCAAGAGGAUUUGGCUUUGUCACAUAUGCCAGUACCGAUGAUGCUUCCAGCGCAAUACAGGCCUUGGAUGGACAGGUUCUCCAUGGCCGUCAAGUAAGAGUAAACUAUGCAGCUGAGAGACCUCCUCGUAACUUUGGCGGUGGUGGCUAUGGUGGUGGUAAUUAUGGCAGUGGCGGCUAUGGUGGCGGUGGCUAUGGUGGUGGCGGUGGCUACAACAGAAAUGUUGGAUAUGGUGGUGGUGGUGGUGGUAACUAUGGAGGCCAAGGAAAUUAUGGUGGUUUUGAUCAAUCUGCUGCAACCAAUUUUGAUAGUGGGAGUUUCAAUGUUGGUGGCGGCGGCGGCAGCAUUGAUAACGUUGCCACUGGUGGUCCAGCUGGAUAUGGAAGUCAGAAUAUGGGAUUUGAUGGUGGUGAUCAAUUUGGUAGUGCCGAAGAUGGCUUGAAGGGGGAAGGAGAAACAUUUGAGUCAAAUGAGGCAGUGAACGGGAGCUUCCGGGAUGACGACGACGAGAAUGGAAGUGAUUUUGCUAAAAGGGCAUGAUGUCUUUUGGUUUCUUGGAACUAAUUUUUAUUUUGAUCAAAUCAUGUGACUUUUGGUUUUUGUAGAACUUUUAUGACUUCCUUGAGCGUCUCUUUCGUGGAGAAGUGAGGAAGAAGGAAUAAUUUUAUAUUCAGUCCUAGUCGAGUUUGAAAAA